AUGAGGGUGACCAAGGCGGCGAUCAGGCCGGGCCUCAAGAAGCUUCUGAGAGAAAUUCCCAAUGCAAGCUUGGAGCUACAAUCGGCACUGAUUUUGCGUGCUCUGGAGCCCACUUUGGAAGACCACACGAAAGUAGCUUGUUACAUGGACAUGGAGCGCGGUGAGGUGCGCACAAUGCCAAUCAUAUCGCAUCUGUUCGCGGUCGGAAAGCAGGUCUACCUACCUCGCUGCACCAACACGCGCAUUAGCGGUCAUGCUGUGUUGCGGCAGGGCGUUGAGUCGCAUCCACACCUCACCUUCCAUCAGAUGCUCUCGCUGGCGCAAGUGCAGGCACUAAAGCCGCAAGGCAAAUACCAGCUGCGUGAACCGGCACUCGAAGAGCCUCACCCUCUUCCGCCUGAACUUGAUGUUGUCAUGGUUCCUGGUGUUGCGUUCAGCCUUGCAAACGGAGCUCGAAUGGGCCACGGAGCGGGCUUCUACGACGAUUUCAUUCAACGCACACUGCACACGCAUGGGAAGCGGCCGUUACUUAUCGGGCUCGCCUUAAAAGAGCAAAUCGUCCCUGAGGUACCGACAGAAGCUCACGAUCACCACAUGGACUGCAUCAUCUGCGGUGACGGCUCUGUCCAUUGGUUCCGGUAG